AUGGAGAGAAAUAAUGCAAAAAAUGUGAAUGAAAUAUAUUACUCAAAUGAAUGUGGUCUAGUAUACUAUUCAGCUUGCUCCGGCAAAUAGGGUCAAUCAAUGUGAAGCAAUUAAUAAUGUUUUCAAAGAAUGAGAAGUUUCGUAGAAAAUUUUAAGCAAGUGCGCAGAGUUUGAUUAGUCAACGAAUUAACUCGACUAUAGCUAGCUGUGAUGCCAAUUUUCAAAGUCAACCAUUUAUUUUUAUUCGAAACUCAUAAUGAAUCCACUUGGUGAUUGACUUUGUCCUUAAACGAGAACUAGUGUUCACGAUCACAAGCUUAUACUAUUAAUUAUAAAAGGUCCAAAGAUGCACCAAAUUUGUUGGCAGAACAAGCAUUAAGCCUAAGAAUAAGAUGGUGGAUAAUAGCAAACCCUCUAGUUCCACAGUUUCAAGAACUGUCCUUCUCUUUUUGAGGGUCUUAACCUUUGUGUUCCUUCUCAUUGCGCUCAUUCUCAUUGCCACAAACAACCACAGUGAUGAUGACACAGGUGCCAAAGUCAAGUUCAGUGAUUUCUAUGCUUAUCGAUAUAUGAUCUCCACGAUAGUCAUUGGCUUUGCGUAUAACCUUCUGCAAAUGGCGCUCUCAAUCUUUACUGUUGUCUCAGGAAAGCGUGUAUUGAGCGGUGAUGGUGGCUAUCUAUUUGAUUUCUUUGGUGACAAGAUCAUAUCGUACCUUAUGAUAUCGGGUUCAGCUGCUGGAUUUGGAGUGACCGUAGAACUGGAUAGAGGAGUACCCUCAAACUCCUUUACUGAGAAGGCAAAUGCUUCAGCUAGUCUUCUUCUAAUUGGAUUUUUGUUCACUGCCAUAGCAUCAACUUACACUGCUUUUGCUUUGCCAAAGAAAGCUAAUAAUUAAUUAGCUUGAUAUGAUGAAGAAAAUUAAUGAUGUUCAUGGAUUACAAAUUUAUAAUUCUUUCUUGUUAAUUUCCCUUCUCUAGUUAACUUGGUUUUGUUCAGUUCCUUUUGGUGGCCAAUCAUUUGCUGUGACUUAAAUGUCAUGGACUAAUUAAUUUGUAUUUGUCUAUCUUUGUGUCUGUAUUUUUCCUUCUUAAGAUAUGAAGCAACUGUUACUUGUUUUGAUUUUUCAA